AUGAGACCCGCGGGAUCGGUACGUCUGCUUCGAGCAGACGACACUCGACUAUCCGGACUUUCAGAUCUUUGGUGGGAGGGAAGAACAAGCGGAGGGUCGUCGGAAGGAGCCGGUGAUUUUCCUUGGCUCGACUUUUGUCUGGGAGUUCCAGCUUUCGCUGAACGGUCUCUUGCACUUGGCAUAGUCGAGGGUUCAUGCUCCACUUACACCAAAGAGCCUUCCAAAAUUACCAUCACUGUAUUUGUUAUUUUAAGAAUCACUCUACCUCUUCAAGCGUACGUCGUCUUCUUGGUUCUGGCUGUAUCAGCCUAUAGGGCCUCGGCCGCCUACAACACGCCCGUUCAGAGACUGACCGACUGGUGGGACGGGAAAUAUCACUAUUUCCAUGGAUACUGUGAUCUUCCGAUUGACAAAAAAUACCGAAUGAGAAGAGUCAAAGUCAAUCUAGUCCUUGAUACUCCAUCUGAAAGCAUUCAAAUUUGGAAAUUAAAAGUAAUUAAGAAGAAUUGCGAUGGUACGGAAUACCUAAUGCGAAAUAAAUAUGAAAUACACAAAGGCGUGGAGAGAGCCGAUUUCAUCCUAAAAUACACAUCUCAGCAAAUUCCUACCGGAAUGUGUUUCACCAAUCUUCCUUCGCCCAAAACAACCAAAGCGCCCUCAACGCCUACACCAACAACCCUAAAACCUACAACUAGCUCUCCCGCCAUUUCUACGUCACAGUCCACACGAAAUGACGUAUACCAGGUACCCGUUGUUAAGGUACAGGAGCCGUGGGGAGGAGGGUCAUCUUGGACGUUUAAGGGAAGGUGUACCUUGAAGAUCAGCGACACCUGGACACCUGCCACACUUCCUGUUGACCUGAUAUUUGACCAGGAAACCUCCAACCUACAGAUCUGGAGAAUGACCGUUCUGAGUUCUUCUUUGAAUGGAAUGCUGUAUGAAUUGACCAAUGAACACCGGGUAUCUCCAGGCAAACUAGAAAUCACCUUCAUCGUCGAUUACAGUGGCACUAUAAAUAGCUAUCCUCAGGGUUUUUGUAUACAUGUAAGUAAAAUUACGCCUGGAUCAACCCAACCUACGUCAUUCACAUCUACAACCACAACGGCUUCACCGAGCAAAACAACAACUGCUCAACCAAGCACAACAACAACAAAAGCGGCAUCAAGCACAACAGGUGCCCAAAGUACAACAACCGGUGGAACCCUUGGUGAAACAACACCAGUCCCAUCUAACACAGCACACAACUACGGCCUAGUUCUAGAGAAGUCGAUCCUAUUCUACGAGGCCCAACAAUCGGGAGAUCUGCCCCCUACCCACCGUAUAAACUGGCGGGGGGACUCGGCACUGGGGGAUUCUGGGAUAUAUGGAGAGGAUCUGACGGGCGGGUGGUACGAUGCUGGUGAUGGAGUGAAAUUUAAUCUCCCGAUGUCAGCUUCGGUUAUAAACUUGGCUGUCGGUUUGUACAUAUGGAGGGACGCCUACAGUGCAUCGAACCAGCUUCAGCAUAUGUACGACUCUAUCAAGUGGCCUCUGGACUAUUUCCUGAAAUGCUGGCAAAAUUCGGCUCAAAUAUAUUACGCGCAGGUUGGAAAUGGUGAUACAGAUCACGCGAUUUGGACUCGUCCUGAAGACAUCACAAUAUCUCGACCGCCAUACUACCUUGACAGCAGCAAGAGAGGAAGUGACGUAGCCGGAGGGACGGCUGCGGCAUUAGCGGCAGGCGCUUUGGUUUUUUUGAGCGAAGACUCGUCCUAUUCAUCAAAACUUUUGGAGAGUGCAGAGAGUCUCUAUGCAUUUGCUAAGGCACAUCAAGGCACAUACAAUACCGAUAUUCCUGAAGGAGCAAAAUUCUACAGCUCGUCCGAGUAUAGAGACGAAAUGUGUGUCAGUGCCAGCCUCCUGUAUCUAGCUACCAACAAAACCGGAUACCGAAGUGACGCCAUUACCUUCUACAACAGCUACAGCCCCGGUCGAUGGGCGUAUGACUGGGACGACAAGACGAUGCUCUGUGACGUUCUUCUGUAUGAAAUAACCCAAGAAACCAAGUACAAGUCGGCAGUAGAGAACUUCGUCACGUCCUACAUGCCCGGGGGUAGCGUCCAGUACACCCCCUGUGGCCUCGCCUGGAGACUCGAAUGGGGGUCCCUUAGAUAUUCGGCCAAUGCGGCUUUUAUUGCUCUCCUGGCUGCUGAUGCAGGGAUAGGUAACGCAGCAAACUACAAGCAAUGGGCAAUGUCGCAGAUUCACUACAUGUUAGGAGAUAACGCCGAUGAUUUCAGCUAUGUGAUUGGGUAUGGCUCCAAGUACCCUCUGAAACCACAUCACCGCGCAAGUUCCUGCGACAGCCCGCCUGCAGUCUGUGACUGGAACGAUUACAACAGUCCUGACCCCAAUCCGCACGUGCUGCAGGGCGCCCUUGUGGGUGGACCGGACCAGUACGAUAACUACGAAGACGCUCGUGACAACUUCCGGACUAACGAGGUGGCGUGUGAUUACAACGCGGGGUUCCAGUCGGCCGUGGCCGGUCUUCUUCACUUCGCUGUGAAUGUUUUGGGCAGUAACAAGCCAGUUCAAGAAAUGUUUACAUUCUUAUCCUCAAAUGUACAAGAUGGCCGCACAUUCCCCUUAAGGUACUUCGUCCUACUGGUCCUGGCUGUGGCAGCCUACAGGACCUCAGCCUAUAACACGGCCGUGCAGCCUUCAACCGAUUGGUGGGACGGACCGUUCCAUUAUUUUCAAGGCUACUGUGAUCUUCCCAUUGACAAAUCGUACCCAACUGGUGGAGUAACCGUUGACCUUUUACUUGAUACGCCAUCGGAAAGCAUUCAAAUUUGGAAGCUAGAUAUAUCAACAGUUAACUCUGACGGUACAGAAUACUAUAUGUAUAAUAAACACGAAAUACACCAAGGGGUAGAGCGGGUGGGCUUCAUCUUGAAGUACACCUCGAACAACAUUCCAUAUGGCAUUUGUGUCACCAGCCUGACAUCAACACAGACAACAUCGACGACGACAACAACAACAACAACAAAAGCACCAACUACAACUACUGUAACACCAGCACCAACCACAGGCUCGCCCACCAGUUCUACGUCACAAUCCACCGCAGGAAAUGACGUAUACCAGGUGCCCGUUGUAAAGGUAGAGGGGCCGUGGGGAGGGGGUUCGUCCUGGACAUUUAAGGGAAAAUGUACCUUUGAAAUCAGCGCCACCUGGGCAAUCGGUACACUUCCUGUUGAUCUGAUAUUUAACCAGGAAACCUCCAAUCUACAGAUCUGGAAAAUGAAUAUCCUAAGCAAUGCAUUAAAUGGGAUGUUGUACGAGUUAAACAACAAAUAUUGGGUAUCUCCUGGCACAUUAGAAUUCAACUUCAUGGUCGAUUACAGUGGCACUAUAAAUAGCUACCCUCAAGGUUCUUGUAUAAGUAGAAUUUCUCCUGGAUCAACACAGUCUACUUCAUCAACAUCAUCUACAACAACAACAUCUACAACAACAACAACAACAACAGCUGCUCCAAGCACAACACCAACUUCAGGUUCACCAACCUCGACCACAACAGGCACAACGACUAGUGGAACAACAACAGUCCCGUCUAACACAGCACACAACUACGGCUUAGUUCUAGAGAAGUCGAUCCUAUUCUACGAGGCCCAACAAUCAGGAGAUCUGCCACCUACCCACCGUAUUAACUGGCGGGGGGACUCGGCACUCGGCGAUUCUGGGAUAUAUGGAGAGGAUCUGACGGGCGGAUGGUACGAUGCUGGUGACACAGUAAAAUUUAAUCUCCCAAUGUCGGCUUCGGUCAUAAACUUGGCUGUAGGUUUGUACAAAUGGAAAGAUGCCUACAGUGCAUCGAACCAGCUUCAACAUAUGUACGACUCUAUCAAGUGGCCUCUAGACUAUUUCCUGAAAUGCUGGCGAAAUUCGGCACAAAUAUACUAUGCCCAGGUUGGAAACGGUGAUACAGAUCAUGCGAUUUGGACUCGUCCUGAAGACAUGACAAUCUCUCGACCGCCAUACUACCUCAAUAGCAGCAAGACAGGAAGUGACGUAGCCGGAGGGACAGCCGCAGCAUUAGCAGCAGGUGCCUUGGCCUUCAUGGGCGAAGACUCAUCCUAUUCACCAAGUCUAUUAGAGAGUGCAGAAAGUCUUUAUGCAUUUGCUAAGGCACACCAAGGCACAUACAAUACCUAUAUUCCUGAAGGAGCAAAAUUCUACAGCUCGUCCGAGUAUAGAGACGAAAUGUGUGUCAGUGCCGCCCUUCUGUAUCUAGCUACCAACAAAACCGGAUAUCGAAGUGACGCCAUUACUUUCUACAACAGCUACAGCCCCGGUCGAUGGGCGUAUGACUGGGACGACAAGACGAUGCUCUGUGACAUUCUCCUGUAUGAAAUAACCCAAGAAACCAAGUACAAGUCGGCAGUAGAGAACUUCGUCACGUCCUACAUGCCCGGGGGUAGCGUCCAGUACACUCCCUGUGGCCUCGCCUGGAGACUCGAAUGGGGGUCCCUCAGAUACUCGGCCAACGCGGCUUUUAUUGCUCUCCUGGCUGCUGAUGCAGGAAUAGGUAACGCAGCAAACUACAAGCAAUGGGCAAUGUCGCAGAUUCACUACAUGUUAGGAGAUAACGCCAAUGACUUCAGCUAUGUGAUUGGGUAUGGCUCCAAUUAUCCUCUGAAGCCACAUCACCGCGCAAGUUCCUGUGACUAUCCUCCUGAGGUUUGUGACUGGAACGAUUACAACAGUCCUGGCCCCAAUCCGCACGUGCUGCAGGGCGCCCUUGUGGGUGGACCGGACCAAUACGAUAACUACGAAGACGCCCGUGACAACUUCCGGACUAACGAGGUGGCGUGUGAUUACAACGCGGGGUUCCAGUCGGCCGUGGCAGGUACAACAAAUCGUUCAGUAAAGAAUGAAAAAUAUAAUUAACAAUAUAAUGCUUCUAUUUCAACUUGUCAUCAUCAUCGUCGUCGUCGUCGUCGUCGUAAUCAUCUGUUAUUUAAUUUUCUAGGUCUUCUUCACUUCGCUGUGAAUGGCAACUUACCGGCUUCUCCAACACCUGCAUGCUAGAUGUACGACAUAUGAACAGCCGCAUGAACAUGCAUCAUGUAUUCACCAAUCAAUCAAGAUUCGUGAACUUUC